AUGGUUAUGGCACCUUCGGCUAGCGACCUCCCAAGACUAUAUUUCAAUGAUCAUGUACAUGGGAAACUUAAACAUGUCGAUUGUCCAGACGAUGAAACUCGCGGCAUAUCCCACUUGGCUGAGGCCCGAGCCGCGUCCAGACAGCUUGUCUUUGAAAUCUUGAAGCAGAAGGCUGCUGCUGUCGAUGUCAAAACCUGCUAUCCUGGAGAGGAGGAUCCAUUCUACGUUGCUGACCUCGGUGAGGUCUAUCGCCAGCAUAUUCGCUGGAAGACCAAUCUUCCUCGCGUCAAGCCCUUCUAUGCUGUGAAAUGCAACCCAGACCCUCAGGUCCUCCGUCUGAUGGCCGUGCUGGGUAAUGGCUUUGACUGUGCCUCCAAGGCUGAAAUCGACCUCGCCCUCGCUGCUGGCGUUGACCCGAGCCGCAUAAUCUACGCCCAUCCAUGCAAGACCAAGUCUUACCUGCGCUAUGCAUCCCAGGUUGGCGUCAAGCAGAUGACCUUCGACAACACCGAUGAGCUGUACAAGAUCAAAGAGAUGUGCCCGGACGCCGAGCUCUACCUGCGUAUCCUGACCGACGACUCCGCCAGCCUGUGCCGUCUAAGCAUGAAGUUCGGUGCUUCUCUCUCGUCUGCUCGCCCACUGCUGGAACUCGCUCACGGACUGGGCCUCAAUGUCGUUGGCGUCAGCUUCCACGUCGGAUCGGGAGCCGAGGACCCCAAAUCCUUCAUCAAGGCCGUCCAGGACGCCCGCUUCGUCUUUGACUGCGCCGCUGAAAUCGGCUUCGACCUGAAGGUUCUCGAUGUCGGCGGUGGGUUCUCGGACGACACCUUUGAGCCCUUUGCCGCUGCCCUGGGCGACGCACUGGACACGUAUUUCCCACCACACAUCAGAGUCAUCGCCGAACCAGGACGUUACUAUGUCGCCACCGCCUUCACCCUUGCGGCCAACGUGAUCGCCCGUCGCGACGUUGGCGUGGAAGAGCUGCUGUCCGACUCCGAGUCCGACUCCACCACCCCCAGCCGCGCCUCGACUCCCUCUUCAAGCGGUGCCUAUAUGAUCUAUCUAAACGACGGGGUAUACGGCAACUUCUCCAACAUUGUGUUCGACCACCAGCACCCUGUUGCCCAAAUCCUAACCAAGGACGACGAUUACACCUCUGCGCCAAUUGAGUACUCCAUCUGGGGCCCGACCUGCGAUGGUAUUGAUGUGAUCAGCGAGCGCGUCACUCUGAACGGCCUGCUGGGCGUAGGCAACUGGCUCUACUUUGAGAACAUGGGAGCCUACACUCAGUGCAGCGCAACGCGUUUUAAUGGCUUCACCGACAAGCAUGAGGUGAUCUACAUUGUCACUGAGCCUGGUGCGGCGGCGCUUCUAGGUUAUUAA